CUUAGGCCUUAAUACCACCUCCCGCCUCCUGGACCCGUCAAGCUAUAUGUCAUUCCCGAUAACCAAGCAUGCAUUACGGAUUAAAUGCAAAAACAAGCUCAGCGCCAUACUAGGACGACUUCCUCGCAUCAGACGGCAGCAGCUCGUAGCGGCAAUAAUUUUCUCAUUUAUACUCAUCUACUUGCACAAAGAAUUCCCAGCUGCGAAGUUGCCUUUGAAAGUGAUCGUAACUGGGGAAGAUACAGAUAGAAAUUUGCGGACAAAACCAAGAAAUUCGACUGGCGCAGGUACAAUCCAGCUGCGAGGACAAACUUGUCUCAUACCUAAGCUGGACAUAAAUGGCACAGAAGUGAGAGGCUUCUUCUUCAAAACCGAACCUCUCACAUGCUUCAAAAACCCUAGAAAUUGGGUCUUUAUUGAUGAUAAUGGAAAUGUGCAGUACAUCAAAGAGAGAAAAAAUGCGCAAUGUCAUGGAUACUAUGUUACAUGGAAAAGUACCUCGGACAAUACUUAUACCGCUUUCGAUACACUACCAAAUGGCCAACCCAUGAAGUCAGACUUUGCUCUUGUAAGCUGUACUGAUGGAUGGCAGAAAUGGUAA